UCUCUUUCCCCCCCCCCUCUUCUAUCCCAAACCUCCAGCUGCAUCAGGGUCCUGCAGAGCGGGGAGCAGAACAGGGGCCGGCACACGCAGAAAGCAUGCUAAGGGUCACGCUACCGCAUCAAGUGCCAGAGAAAAAAGAUUUAGACCUUCCAACAGCGACCAAUAAAGCACAAAGAGAAAAAAAACCUGCAGCGGUACGAGGCGACAGGAGGAGAGGAGAGAUGACGCAUUAACACUAAGAAGGAUGAGAGCCCUGACCAUGGCUGUGUGCUCUGCCUCCCUACUCUUCCUGCUGCUGUGUGUGCUGGGGGGGGGCCCGGUGCACUCCAUCUGCCCCGCGGUGUGCUCCUGCAGCCGGGGACACCGCGUGGUGGACUGCUCCUCUCGAGGCCUCACCAAACUACCGCCUGGCCUGCAGCACAACAUCCGCUUCCUCAACCUCUCUUUCAAUAGCUUGCAGGGUCUGGAGUGCCAGCUCACCCACUAUGCCCACCUCCGCACGCUGGACCUGUCCUACAACCGGCUUGACGCCUUCCCCCCCGCCCUGCCUCGCUCUCUGUGGGACAUCCGAGCGGCGGGGAACCAUCUGCGCUCGCUGGACAAGAACAGCACAGCCUAUCACUGGAACCUGAAGGUCUUGGACCUGUCGGGCAACGAGCUGGAGAGGGUGGUCUUCAUCAACAACACACUGCCCAGUCUCCAAUCCCUCAACCUCAGCCACAACAGGUUCUGGACUGUGCCCACCAACAUGCCACACAACCUGCAGAUUGUUGAUUUGUCACAUAACUAUCUGGUGCAGAUCCUGCCUGGCUCUCUGGACCGUAUGCCGAGGCUGGCCAAGUUCUAUCUGCACGCUAACGGCUUUUCCUCAUUGUCAGAAGGGAUAUUUGAUACGCUGACGGGGCUGCAGUUGAUGACUCUUGGGGAUAACCCUUGGGCUUGCGAAGAAGAGGAAAACAUGACGAAGCUCCUAAUAUGGGCGGAGCAGAGCCCUGCAACCAUCUUAGGCUGCCCCUGUUUUACGAGACCCAUCUGCGGGCAGAGCCAUCAGGCCACAGCGGGGCACUCUGCUCUGUUCACAGAGCCCCCACUCUGGGUUGAAAGCAGAGGUGAAGAGCAUGAUGGUCCAUCACCCGCCAGGACUGAGGAGGUCACGUCUAGCUACCAGGGCAAAUCGGCUCUCUUUGAGACAGGAAUGUAUCAGGACAGAAGAGGCUCAAAUGGAUCUGGAGACCAUGGGGUAUUUGUCUUGACAUCCACCACAAGUUUGGAUGGCUUCUCCGCGCACACAAGCACAAAAACAACAACAACGACGACAACGACAGCGAAGACGACGAGAAAGCCCAAAGUUUCUAACUCGAGGAAUAAAUGUCUCGGACUCGUCAUGGAGACUCGAGAAACUGUCACCCUGACAGUUUUAAUCAUGACAACAGCAUUCUUCUGAACCAAAACACUUAUUUUAGGAUUAUUCUGGACAGUGAAUGUAUGACCAAGUUACUCAAUUUAGAACGUACAUUUUUCGUAAAAACAAACAAACAACUGUUGAGACUAUUACUGCCUUUUUUUAGCUCAA